ACAAAAAAACAGUUUCUGCUCAGUUUAAAAAGAAUAUGGCCGUGUUGGGGCCGUGUGUAAGUGUAAAUAUGAAUGGGCACAAUAAUAUUCAUAGUCAGUUAACAAAAUCGUUAGAGAGAAUUUUGGAAGAUGCUUACUUGAGUGGUGAAUUAAAACUAAGUGGACGCAAGUUGAGAGAGUUUCCUAAACCUGUGAAGUUUGACCUGAGCGAUACAGUUGUUGCUGAUUUGUCAAAAAAUCGGUUCAGUGAAUUACCAGAUGAGUUAACGUCGUACAUUUUUUUAGAAAAGUUACUGUUAUCACAGAAUAUAAUCAGAACAGUUCCAAAUGCAGUCGGAGGUCUCCAGUCACUUACAUAUUUAGAUUUAAGUUCAAACCAGCUCACAGAAUUACCGCGGGAAGUAUGCCAGAUGCCGCUUCAAGUGCUCUUAGUCCCCGACAAUAUGCUAAGUACCUUACCCAAGGAGAUAGGCAAGAUGACCUCGCUGGCUGAGCUCGAUGCCUCCAACAACAGGCUGACGCAAGUCCCCAUGACUCUUGGGGAUUGCGCCGGCUUGAGGGCUCUCGACCUUAGCAAUAAUCAGCUGGGACUGCUGCCGUUACAGAUCACAUACUUGAGGCUGGAACACCUGGAUGUGAGCUGUAAUUGCAUAUCGUCGUUACCUCUGGAACUUCGCAACAUGAACACACUAGUUACGCUUAAUUUGGACAACAAUCCCCUCGUCUCACCUCCCACCACUAUAUGCAUGCGCGGGCGCGUGCACAUAUUCAAGUACCUCGAAAACAUGGCGAACAAGGACACCCUCCCGUCUCACAGACGAGUAGAAGACACCAGACGUUCGGCUAAACACAGCUCCUAUAUAAGCAACUCUCCGAACACUAGUGCUGCUCAUCAGAUCACUUCGGGCAACGCGACUAUCGACUGCUUGAGGCAUAAGCCGAGACACGUUGUCGAUAGUGGGUACAGCACUGAUGGCGUUGAUAAGAGGUGGUCUAAUGAUGGAGGCGGUGAAGCAGGUGGAGGGGGCAGUGGACGUUCAACGCCGAGCACACCUUCCACCUUGUCUCCGGGAGCAGCACUAUCCAGGGCCCAGUCAUUAUCAAGUGAAACUCCUUUGGCGCCCAAUACUCCACUGCUUUCUGGCGUCCGUAUAUCACCCGAUGGGAACAUGUCCAAUGGCGACGAUAAGAGUAAAUUAGCCCAUCAACAAACAUACAGACAAUACAAAGAAGCCUUAAGACAGCAGCGUCAGCAAGACAUAUACCGCCCCCGCACCGACCAGCCCUCCCCCGAGCUGGACUCGACCCCGCACUCCCAGACCCAGAGUCCCAUCCACCAGAAAACUUCCCACUCCCCAGUCAACGGAUACAGCAGUAACGUAUCACCUAGUCUAUAUAAAACCGCAUCUUCCAAUAGUAGUCUAUCCAAUACCUCAUCCCCAAACAUUUCCCAAGUGCCAAACUCCCCCCUCCUACACUCCACCCCACGAAGAUUUCAGAAUCAAACGACGAACGGCAACGGUGUUGUAGAGAAACAAGAAGAAAACAAAAGGCCUGUUCAGAAAGUUGUACCUUCUAGAAACGUGAAUAGCAAGGUAUACUCGACUGUCAAUGGCAACGUGGAAUACAACGGUCGGGUAAAUGGUCAGACAGACGCAUACAUAAAGCCUACAUCGCCUACUAAGUCACCAACGAAUACUAUGGGGUACAACAGUUUAGGGAAGUCGAGUAUACCGCGGCAAGUGAACGGCGACAAUGCUAAGUUACUGACGACCAGUGUGGCGUAUUUGAAAGGUGCGGCCCCGAAGCCUCCGGGUAAGAUGGCGUGGAAUAAAGACGCUCCGGUGGACAAACUCAGCUUUACUAUGAAGAGGGAGUUCGAUAAGCAGAAGGAAGAACUGGAUUUGCUGCAGCAGUUGAGAUCUAUCAUCGAGACCCGUCUGAAAAUGUCGCUGCCGGCUCAGCUGGCGCCGGUGCUGUGCGACGGCGUGGUGCUGUGCCACCUCGCCAACCACGUGCGGCCCCGCUCCGUCGCCUCCGUGCACGUGCCCUCGCCUGCACAGCCCAAGUUAACUAUGGCGAGAUGUAGACGAAACGUGGACAACUUUUUGGAAGCGUGUCGAAAAAUUGGAGUUGAAGAGAAACUAAUGUGCUGCGCAGCGGACGUCCUCGAAGGCAAAGGCACAGUCCAAGUGGCCAUCACAGUGACGGAACUACUUCGUCGCCACGCGGCGGCGCGGGCGUCGCCUCACGCGGUGCCCAGCGCCACCUAGCGCCCGAAACUCGCACUCGCGCCCAUGUCUGCGCUAACAUUGUAACGUGCUUGGGAGAGUGGUACCGUGUAUAAAUUCAUCUAGGAUUACUGUAGAAGUAUUCGAUUCGACAGGUGUCUCCAAUUUUGAUUGUGGCUCGGUUAAUUAAUUGACUGAGCUUGAUAUGUCACGCAGUCGCCAGCGCCACCUAGCGCCCGAAACUUGCAUUGCUGUAACGUGUAGUGAUUUUAGUCUGGGGGAGUCGUAGGAUUUAAAACUUGAUCUAGGAAUUACGGGAAUGGAAAGUCUUACAAUUAAUAUGGCGAUUGUAGUUGGGUUUACUCGGUGGUCGCGUGCGUGUUUCAACCGAGCUUGCUAGACCGUCGCUAACACCUAGCUCCCGAAAAUCGUACUCGCGCCCACAUUGUCACAGUUACGUAUGGUGACAUCACAAACGUGAAUUAAAUAGCAUAUGAACGCGCAUAAUACGCAUAAAUCUGCGAUUAUGAAAAUGAGUAAAAAACUAGGUUAUAUUCCUAUCUACAAUUUUCUAGCGAAUAGAAUGAGAGAUAGGAAAUUUCUAGUUUAAAACUGAACUAACGAAAUAAAGUAGCCAAUUAUUUGUAAGGAAUGUCACGUUUUCUUUCAAAAACUCGAACCAAAUAUGAAGGAACAAAAUACAUUAUGUAGUCAAAAAUAAACGAUACAGAAGGAAUGUACGAUCAUUAUAUUUUUUCAAGUUUCUAGAUUUAAUUCAAUGGAUUUGAUAUCCUCGAAAGAGCACUAAAAUAAGUCGCUCUACACAUGCAUAUUUGUAGCUAAAGUAAUAAAGAUUAGCCUAAGCUCCCUCAAUUUCCAAAUAAAAGUAAAGCUCUAAAAAGUCAUUAAAAAAUAAAAAAUAGAAAGUGCAAACUUUACUAUUGCUUUCCAUCCAUCAUUGAAGACCAUCGUAAUACUUAUUAAUCAAUCUUUUAUAAAUUGUGAUCCACAUGCACGACGUAUUGCAGCUGUAAAAAAAAAAUACUAAAAUAGUUGACACUAAAAACUCCCCACCGCAAAACCAAGAUAACUUUGCUUUUACCUGAAGUAAGUAAGAAUACCUGAAAAAAAAAAGUUUGAACCAAUCGAUAACUGGGUCAUUUAGGGCCGUACAGUAAAACGUACCUUUAAAAUUGUUUUGUAAAAGAUCUAGAUAUUAAUCAAUGAUGUCAACUAUCCAACACUGUAUCUAUGUAGUACGUAAUAUUUCACCGCAAUAAAGGUGCUUUAAAUAAAAAUGCACAAUACACGAAUUUAUUAGUGAAUUUUCUACGAUACAUUUUACACAAGUUGAAUAGGCCGCAUAAGUAGACAAUUGUUAAAACGUCUUUAUUCGAAGUGCCUCUUUACACUCACGACCAAAAUAUUGACACACAAACUGUUACUAUAAAAUGGCUAAAGAUAUUGCAAAAAGUAAUUACACAAAUAAAAAAUAACCACAUUCUUAAAUCCCAAGUGUUUCCGCUGAGUCAACUUGUUUGUUCGUAAGUGUAAUAUCAUCUUUCUCCAAAGUAGAUUCUUGAAGUGUCUUAGCAAAUUGGCAUAGUCUGAAUAGCACUGAAAUGCACGGGCCUUAUAAAUGUUAGUUUUUACCUCGGUCGUCAAUGAAUAGUCCUAGGAAAGUUGAACCAAAAAAAUAUGAUCGCGCAUAGUUUCUUCAUGCGGAAACUCAAUUAGAUAAAUUAUCUUGAACAUACAUAUUAUUUUGUAUAUUAUGAAAUUGUUGUCAAGUUUUUCUAAUGCAAUAAUAUUAAAAAUGUAGAUGAAAUCCACGAAUCUCUUCUCCGCAUUAGAGCCUAUAAAGUCAUUAAAUAAAGAACCAAUUUUAGUGGAAAUUAAUCCAUACUCAACAAAACUAUUUAGGCAGUUGUCCCACCAACGACGAGAAAACGACUAAUUAUCGGCUAUUUCCUCGCUCAAGAAACGUACAAUAGAUAUACUUUCCAAGCGAACAAAAGAGAUACAUAUACAAAUAGUUGAUCGCUGACUGUUCACACUGCCGGCGAGCACUCGCUUCACUAGUUUGUCGCUGAGCGACAAAAGCUAUGAAAGAUAACACUCACUCGGCGACACUCGCCAAGCGUUUAGAACUCACGCCGAGAGAGCAACCAGUGGUCAUUUCUCUACAGUGCGUAUCUAGCGAGCGAGUGAUGCUAGUAAUCGCCCGCCGCACUCGCACACUCGCUUAUAGCCGAGCUACACAAAUAUCGGAACUACGCAGUCGCUCCCCGCGUCUCGCUAACUCGUUUCUAGUUUUAGCUCUACUCGUUACUUGUUAAUCGUUGUCAGUGAGACAAGUGCCUAAAACAGCAAUAAAGAACAAUACAAUAAGUUCUUAUAUGUUCUAAUUGUGAACUUGUUGCCUGCGUAAGCGCAAGCUAAAGUCAAUUUUGAUAAAUAUCAAAGUUUCUAAACAAAUACUGGUAGGAUUUAUUCCAUAACCUUGAGAGGGCCAGUUGUAUGUGAUUGUACCAUAAUUUGGGCUGUGCGUCUCUCAUUAGAAGUAACUUAAUUAGUCGCGAAGUAGAAGCUAAUAGAGCUAUUAAACACGGCCGUCAAAUACUUAAGUAAAUGAGAUCAUUUCAAUUCUGUAAUCUUCGAAAUUAGUGUAAGAACUGUCCCUAUGCUAUAGUGAAUUCAUGCCGUGUAACAUGUUCUGUAACUCGGAUGCGUAUUGGAUUAAACCGAUGUCCUAAAGUUAAUUCUCUUUUCUUAUAAAUACUCGUAAGCUCUCUUUGCAUCUCCGAAGUUUGCUAUUUAACGCCUCACGCAUGCGUUCUAGUGUUUUGUUCAUACAUUUUGACUAUCGUGAAGUCACUAGUAGCUAACUUCAGGUAAGCAAAACUGCUUGAAAACUGUACGUCAUACAGUACACAGGUUGCAUAACAUGUUACACAGUUGCGUUGUUGCACCAUAGAUUAAGAAAAAUCGUGAUAGAAUGGGACGAGAUUCUCGUUGUUUAGGAAUUGUGUAAGGUUUUAAAAUAAAAACUUUUUGGAUUCUGAAUAGACUCGUGUACUUGUGUGCAGUGAUAUAGUAAGGAAUUUUUCUCGUAUAUUUUUCGACUUUUAGGAUGAAUUUUCAUCGAUCAUAAGAAUCAUCGUGUCAUUUUCAUUUCGAAUAUCAUUCUACGAUGGAUUUGAUUUAUUUGUCACAUCAAAUUAACCAAUAGAAAUACCGUAAAUAAAGUUUAAAAAAAUCUCAGGUUCAUCAAACUUUUCAUAUAGAAAAAAUCUCAAAAAAAGUUUUCAUAAACCAUUAAUUUUCAUCAAAAACAAAGAAUUUGUAAAUAUUAUUCACAUAUCCUUUUUACCACCGAAUUCUAAACUAUACGGAAUUCUCCUAAUACUCAUAUAUAGGUAUUAUAUAUUCUAGUAUAUAAAUUUUGUUCUCGUCACUUUUAAAUAUAGUCAAUUCUCAUUAAUAUAAGUCACAGUAACUAUGUAUAAUAUUACUUUUACUUUAUAAGAAAAUAUUAGUGUUGUGUUUAGUAUCUUUUGAAUAAUUUAUCAGAAAGUAAUGCUUUAUCAUUGAUUAGAAUUUUAUUUUAAUGCUUUCUUUUGUUUACAAUUAUUUGAGGUGAGGUCUUGAAGGUAUAAAACAUAUUUUGUUAACUCAUUGAUGUUUACAGAAGCCAUAUAUUCCAAUGAUAUUAUGUUUACACUUUGCUUAUUUACCUUAUUUUCAGUUAUGUACAACUAUUACGAUGUAUUUUGCUGCAAAUACCGGCUUUCCCAUGAUUUAUAAUUAUAUGGAUUCAAUCACUUUCUUAUUAAUAAAAAAAUAGUAGAUUUGGAAUAAGAAAAUAUCCCUAGUGUGAUUUUUUUUACCUUAUGUUGUUUAAUUAAAAGAAAUAGUAUUUUUAUUUUAUGUCUAAGUUUACUAUUCAAGUUGUGGUCAUACCUACUGCCAACUUAAUUAUGAAAUAUAAUUAUUGUGUGAACAACUCAUACUAUACGUAAUAGCUUUUAUUUCGCUCCUAGAGUUGUGUUACCACUGAUUUGAAAUUAUAUUGAAAUUAUUCAUAAACUUUAUAGUUAAUAUGCAUUUUAUAUUCAUCACAACCGCGAACCGACAUUAUUGUUCUUAGUAAUAUCAGGGUUUAUCCAUAAGCGAUACAUUUUGAAAAAUCGAUAAAGGGAAGAAAAACGUGAGUAGGUAUAGAGAAAAUACUGAAUAUAUUUUUGUAGUAUAUUUCCAGAUUGGUAGAAAAUAGGCUAUUUGAAUGUUUCGAUCCUUCUGCGGUAGUUUUUUUGUCUUUUUAUUUAAUUUAAGUACAGGAUACGGUUGAGGAUUUCUGCUAAUACUUAUAGUACAUUGCAAGUAGCAUUAAUGUAUUGAUAUCAAAAUGUAUCGCUCAUGAAAAAAUACCUGUUUAAUGGAUUGUGUAUAAAAUAGUUGAUAAGAAUUACUACAGAACUGAAUGUUAGAGUCGAGUCUUUGUCCUAUUCAAAGAUAAUGUGCCAAAGACUAAGGUGAGGGAUAUUAUUUUGAUUGUAAAAAUUAACAUUUUUGUGUAAUGCACUGGUCUCCUAGUUUAAGUACCUUUGAUGUAGCAAUAUCUUAUCAUACACACAUGUUUAUAUGUAGAUAAAAUAAAGGUAUAUACGUUUUCGAAAUUAUAA